AUGCGCAGCAACCCGGCCGUCGCAGCGGUGCCAGGCACAACGACCGUUCGUGCUACUGAUGCAAUGCUGUCGACGGUGCAGGAAGGUGGCAGCGAAACGAGUGGGAGAGAUGGUGGUGCCAGUGGCAGUAAUGGCGGGGGUGAUGUUGGUAGUGGGAGUGGCGGUAGAGGUGAUGUUGGUAGUGCGAGUGGUGGUAGAGGGGAUGCGGCCAGAGGGAGUGGUGGUAGAGGGGAUGUUGGUAGUGCGAGUGGUGGUAGAGGUGAUGCUGGUAGUGGGAGUACCGAGGCUGCUCUAGGCUCGGUAGGCGUGGAAGAGGCCUGGAAGGGCAUUAAGAAAAGGAUGGAGGGGUGGGAGGCGCGGUUAGACGUGCUAGUGCAGCUGGCUGGGGGGUUGGCAUACCUGCAUCGGCAGGGGAUGGUGCAUGGGUCCUUGGGACCUGCUAACGUGCUGCUGUGGGAGAAACACGAGGAGUCGAGAGACGAGUGGGUGGAGAGAGGUGGGUCUGAGAGGUUUAGGGGGGGUGGGCUUGGGGCGGUGGAGCGGGUAUCAACUGGAGCGGCAGCGGCAGCUGGAGCAGCAGUGGUUGCACGGUCAGCAGCAGCAGCAGCAGCAGCAGCCGCCGCAGCAGCAGCAGCAGGAGCAGCAGGAGCAGCAGCAGCAGCAGGAGCAGCAGGAGCAGCAGGAGCAGCAGCAGCAGGAGCAGCAGGAGCAGCAGCAGGAGGAGGGGGCGGGGAAGGCUUGAGCUUGGCUGCUGAGGGAGGGGCGUUUGUGCAGGGAAUGAGGGAGGGAGGUCUGUCGACAGCGGGUCCAGCAGAGACAACUGAGAGAAGAGCGGUGGGAGGAGGAGCGGAGAGAGGAGAGGAGAGAGGAACAGAAAGUGAAGCAGAGAGAGGAGUUGAGAGAGGAGCAGAGAGAGGAGCAGAGAGAGGAGAAGAAAGAGGAGCAACAGCAGAGCGAGGAGCGGACUCAGAAAGAAGCCCUGUGAUGCCUGGAGUGAACAUCAGUGCACUGGUAGCCUCGGCCCCGCUGGACGCAGACCCAGUGACUCUCUUCUCAGCCGCUACAGGCAUACCCACAGACCGGCCCUGCAUGCUGCCCCUGAGUAGCAGUCCGUUUAGAGAGGCCAGCGGGUUGCUGGCUGUGAUUGCAGACUAUGGGCUGCCGACGGAUCUGAGGCUCAGAGCGCUGUUUCCUGCGAGGAAUGCGCGGGCGUAUGCGAGUGGCGCCGGUUCGAUGUACCUGGACCCGUCGCUGAGCCGCCUUGGUAAGGAGAGAGAGAAGGGUGUCUUGGCCUAUGUGAGCCCUUUCUCGUCAAAAUGUUUCUCGUUCCUCCUGUCCUCCCUGUGA